ACGCUCACUCACGCGCACGCCCUCGCUCACGCGCAACAAAGCUCUCCCCAUCGCCCGAGUCACGCGACGACAAUCUCCAUCAUCCACCGAUCCGCCGUUUCUCUUUCCGUCUGGCUUACAUCGUCAACAACGAACCAGACCAGACCGCAUUAACCACGAGCUGCCUACCCCAGACCCGGGUGAACCACGCCGCCUGGAGAUGUGUCUCGGCUCCCGCUGAGCUUCCCUGCACAACUCCAUUUCGAUCCGUUCAUCGCUGUGAUUCCACGCCCCGGCGCCCGCGUGCCGCAGGCCUUCGCAUUCCAGCCUCCCGCCAUGACGGUCCCCUCGCAUUUCCACAUGCCCGGCGCCUUCCAUGCCGAAGGCGUCCAUCCAGGCCUGUUUCGCCCGCCCAUCUCGCCCAGCUCCAGCGCCAGCUAUGGCUACGCCGCCCCGCGCCCGCGCACCACCUCUUCCGCCGAUUCGCACACGAAGCGCAAGCGACAUCGUCAUGAAAUUUCGCGGUCGCAGGAGAUGCCGGUCGAUGACGACAUGGAGGGGAACACCUUCUUCACCACUCCGGGCGUGCAGAACAGACACCAGGACCGACACUACCAGCUUGCGGGCCAGCUCGACACCCCGAAUGGUGGGCCCGUCGAGAGCUUGAUGGACGAGAGCAUGUACUCGGAUUCCGACUAUCGCAGGGCUCUUGGAUCGAAGCGGACCUGCGACGAAAUGGAUCGCAGCAUGGCUGGCCCUACGCCGCUGUUCAACCUCCCGCCCCAGCCCAUGCCCUCGCAGGGCUGGGGAAGCUUCGCAUUUUCCGCCCUCGGCGGCGUCGUCGACAAGGUAUGGCAGUUUUGCAAGGCUGGCGCAUUCCGCGGAUUUCAAGCCGGUGGAGGCAGGGCCUUCCGGGUGACGGCUGAAGGAGUCCGGGAGCUGCACUCGCUCGAGGAGGAUCCCGUCCAGCAGCAUCAUAUACCAGGCCGAUUCCCCCAGAUGGACUACCAGCAAGACCCGAUGGAGGAGCGCAUCGACAGCGGAGCUUCAACGCCGACAGGACCGGCCCCGAAACGCAGACAUACCGAUCACCGAGACGAACUGGGCCGGAACUGGGUCAUUGUCGGGGACUCAAAACCUGGGGUUGAAGCCAAUACGCCCCAGCGCCGACCCUAUAGGCCGACUCCGACCCCGACUCCGACUCCUCGAUUGCGAAACAAUGGACCAUCCAUGGCUACUGGCCGACGCAUUAGCACGCCGGCCUCACGCCCAGCUUCCCGUACAGCCUCGCGCCCAUCGUCUCGUCUCUCCUCGACCCCGACCCCUGGCCAGCGCCGACAACCAGCGAGCCGCCCAGCCAGCCGUCUUUCUCACGCACCGUCGCCUCCUGUACUCUCUGCUCUUCCCGCCUCAACCGCUUCCUUCGCCUCCUUUGGUGCUUCGCGGUCCCCAUCGCCCACUAAAAUUCCACAACCCUAUCAAUCCUCCCGCCGCCGGAACUCGGUCGCACCGUCUCCAAGCCCAGCAGCCAUUCACGGGCACCGCCGUUCUCACAGCAAUGCCUCGACGGCUUCAAAUCGCGGCUCAGUGGAUGCUAGCCCGCGCCUCACGUCAGAGGCCAAGCACCUCGCCGCUCGGCGCAAGAUGGAGGAGCGGGAUGCGGAUGUGCGCAUUUCGGCCUUUAACAAACAGCUACAAGAUAUGAUCCGUCAAGGCAAGGAGGCAUUGGGGACGACGAUAGAAGUAGAAGGAACCUGGGAGGACGAUGACUGAGCUCCCUGCCAGCCUACGAAUCCCUGGUGUCUGCUCCUCUUUUCUUCCUCUCACUGAUACCCU